CGAGGCGCUAUAAGUACUCUGCGCGGACACUUCCUUUGGAAAUCUGUGCGCGUGGAGCUGGCCCGCGUCCAGUCCCCAGCCGCGAGAAGGGACAGGUCCUUUCGCCUCGCGCUCAGAGUCGGCCCUCUCCCGGGGUCCGCGAGCCCCGGGGCGUUGGAGGGCUGUGACCCGGAACCCCAGCCCACCCCGACAUUGAACGGACCGUGGGGCCAGGCCCGUGUUGGGAGUUCGUGAAGCCAGCCAGCCGUUGUAGCGGGUCGCCUGGGGGAAAGUCCACGUUCGGAGCUUGCCGAGAGGCAAGAGGAGGGCCCCUGUGACUGCCGCGGAGUCCACGGAGGAUGGAGCCGCAGCCGGGGCCGUUAGGACCUCGGGGUCUUCCCGCUGGGAGGAGCCGUGACCCCGCGCCGCCGGGCCGGCAGGGCUGGGGAGUGGCUCUCGGGCGGCGGGCACUGUCAGGGUUUGUUUCCCAGACCGGAGGCAGCGGAGCCCUCCUGACGCCUUGAGUUUGGAUUCCAAGCCCAGAACUUUUUGAGAGAAUAAAUUUCUGUUCCUUUAAGCGGCGAAGUUUUUGAUAAUUCGUUAUAACUGCCCUGGGAAACUAAUACCAAUAAAUAUCGACGGAAUUUUUUUAGACUAGAAGGCACCAAUCCAAGAUUUAGGAAGCACACUUUUCCAGUGUUUAAUUUCUUAGUCAAUCAAGAGUAGCAAAUCCGUCAGAAGGCAAUACAGAAAGAAGCCUUAAUAAAGUAGAAUGACCGUACAAAAUAAAACAUUUAAAUUUAGGGUUACUGAAUAUGAAAGAAUAACAAUGUUCCAGUAAUAAGGAAGAUUAUCACCCUGAGUAUGAAAAGUGAAUUGACAGAUCUAAAUGUGUGCUACUAACAAGAGCUAUAAAGCAACAAAACCCAAAGCCAAAAAAAUAAAACCCAACAUUAAACAAAGAAGUAUGAAUGGCCAAGAAAUAUGAAAGAAUCGUGGGGAGCAGGAGCAGACUGUGCUGAGGCAGGUGAGGAUGGAAGCAGAAGUAGGUGGUCCGCAGGAGAUGUAAAGUUACAUUAAAGACCUCUCCAACGCUUCUGUUAAGCCACAGCAGCAACCAUGUGCAGUCCGAAAACCGCAGACGACAGCGUGAGUUUGAAUGAGAAUUCACAUUGUGGAAACAGGAUGAAGUUGAUCAGUGAAAAGUUGCCCAAGAAUCCCUUUUAUGCCUCUUUAUCUCAGCAUGCUGCUAAGAACCAAAAGUUCUUCCAGUGGAAGAAGAAGAAGACUGAUCUUUAUAGCCAUGCUAACCUGGUGGAUAAGGCACUGCAGAUCUUGAAGGAAAGGAUAAGAAAAGGGGAUGGUCUCGCAUAUUUUCUACGAGGUCAACUCUAUUUUGAAGAGGGAUGGUAUGAAGAAGCACUCGAGCAGUUUGAAGAAAUCAAGGAGAAAGAUCAUCAAGCAAUUUACCAGCUAGGAGUAAUGUAUUAUGAUGGACUGGGGACCAUACAAAAUGCUGAAAAAGGCGUGGACUACAUGAAGAAAAUUCUUGAUUCUCCAUGUCCCAGAGCAAGACACUUACAAUUUGCAGCCGCUUACAACCUCGGCAGGGCUUAUUAUGAAGGCAAAGGUGUUCCACGAUCAGAUGAGGAAGCUGAAAGACUGUGGCUGUUUGCUGCAGACAACGGAAAUCCAAAAGCUAGUGUGAAGGCCCAGAGCAUCCUCGGAUUGUAUUACUCAACAAAAGAACCUAAAGAGUUAGAAAAGGCAUUCUAUUGGCAUUCAGAAGCAUGCGGCAAUGGGAAUCUGGAGUCCCAGGGUGCACUUGGUCUCAUGUACUUUUACGGCCAGGGCAUCCGCCAGGACACUGACGCUGCCUUGUAUUGCUUACGAGAAGCAGCAGAGCGUGGCAAUGUCUACGCUCAAGGGAAUCUCGUGGAGUAUUACUACAAGAUGAAGUUUUUUACAAAGUGUGUUGCCUUUUCCAAAAGGAUUGCUGACUACGAUGAGGUUCACGACAUCCCCAUGAUAGCCCAGGUUACUGACUGUCUCCCGGAGUUCAUUGGCAAAGGCAUGGCCAUGGCGUCCUUCUACCACGCACGGUGUCUGCAGCUGGGCUUGGGGAUUGCAAAGGAUGAAAAAGCUGCUAAACACUAUUAUACUAAAGCUUGUCACCUGAAUCCGGAGCUGGCAGAUGGACUCUACUCCCUCCUCAUUCACCAAGGAAUUUAGACAACAGUGCAUUGCAACAAAGACCAGCAAUCCUAACACCCUAUAAUACCUGCAUUUUUAUG